AUUUAGUUGAACUCAUUUUGCUCUGAGAAUUCUGACAAGUUGGUCGUGAAAAAAGUACAAGAAUGAUUGGAAUAAAAAUUCUUGUUGUAUUUGCUCUCUUCGCUUUCAUUGAAUGCAAAAGAGGCAAGAGAGAUGUUUAUAGGAAUUAUGAUCAAGCCAUAAAAGAAGACCGAGAAAUGAUGGGCAGAAACUAUUUCAUGGCACGAGACCCGCGACGACGAAUGAGAUAUGAGAAUUAUUUCGCGCCACUUGGGCGGGGAGACCAAUUACGUCAACCAAAUGAGAAUUAUUUCGCGCCACGGGGACGAGGAGACCAAUUACGUCAACCAAAUAAGAAUUAUUUCGCGCCGCGGGGACGAGGAGACCAAUUACGUCAACCAAAUGAUAAUUAUUUCUUAACACGAGAUCAACAAGAACGAGAAAUGUUGAAUGGAAGAUACCUUGCAUCACAAGACCAAGCACGUCAAUUCGUACAAAGGUCACCCUUGAAGAAACGUGGAUUCAAUUAUCAGGCCUGUUCAGAGUCUUGUAAAAAUGAACAACCAUCAGAUCCUGUUAGAUGUUGCCAAAACAUAUGCGGUAUUGCGACUUGUUCCAAGUGAAAUAAAGCGUACUCAUGUUUUUUCGAUGUAAGAGAAGAAUCUUGCAGAAUUUGAUCAUCAAAAAAGCACGACAACUGCAGAAAACAUUUUUGUAAUAUUUUUUUUAUUAAUUAAACUGCACCUUUUUAA